UCAAUUAGCAACAACAACAACAAUUCUCACACACACCAAAAAAAAAAACUACAAAUUUCAAUUUUACAUAUAGAGAAAUGGAUCAAAAUUUGGUAGUGGUAGGAAAGAAGUUUUGGAAAAUUGUUCGAGUAGCGUUAUGCAUGUUAAGAAAAGGCAUAUCAAAGCAAAAAAUAAUGCUCGAUAUCAAAUUAAUGAUGAAGCGUAGCAAGAUUAGUAGUUACAAAGCUGUGGUCCAAAAUCUCAUGUUCCACUUCCACCACCACAACCAAAACCGCCGCACCGACCACGUCAAGAGUGGUAAUUUACCAUUUUGCCCUCCACAUGAGGAUGAGUAUUAUGAGUUCAGCUGCACUAGCAGCCCAAAUUUGGACAUGAAAAAACACACUGCUACCGAAGAGGAUGUUGUGGUGAUGAAUGCGGCGGUAAUGAGAGCCGCAUUGGAGAUAAUUAAGGGUGAAAUAACGUCACCUGAUAAUUAUUUUCGUGGAUUUGGGAGACAGUUGAGGGUUACUGACUCGCCUUUUCCGGUGAGAGAUGAGGUGGAAGAAGUGGAUAAUCACGUAGAUGAGAAAGCUGAUGAGUUUAUCUCAAAGUUCUAUAGAAAUUUGAGACGACAAUCUUCAUUUUCUGCUUCAUAAUUGUUAUUGUUAGUAGUAUACAAUGUAUGCAUGUUUUUCUUCAUUUGCAAAAGCAAUUUUAUUAGAUUUUUUGCUUUUGUGUGGGGUAGCUUAUAAUAUUAACAAAGAAAUACAGAAAACUUGUGAGGAUUGGAAGUUGUGGAUAGUGUGUGCUUAUUUGCUUCAUGUAAUUGAGUUUUUCACAAAAGAAGUUGUGUAAAUACAACAAAAUCCAAAUAAAACAAUGAAUCUUU